AUGUUCAACCACUUAUUAGAACUUGGCGCUGAUCCAAAUCUACGAAAUUCUGAGGGAAGGACCGUGUUGCAUCAAGCUGUCGAGAGUCAAGAACUUGACACUGUUGUGCAACUUCUAAUCCAUGCGGCAGAUACGAACUUGGCUGACAAACGUGGAAUUUACCCCUUGCAUCUAGCUGUGGCUAAAUGUUUGGACGUCCACAUUGUCUAUGCGUUGAUAGUUUUUGAGGCCAAUGUCAAUGCGACAGAUGGGGAAGGCUUGUCACCACGCCACUGGCUCUGUCAUCAUGAGUCUGGCAUAGACAAAAUCCUCUACGCUCUUGACGUUGUUCAAGCAAAAAGAUGCCCCUUGGGUCAAGCUAAUUGCACUUCCGGCUGUAUCAGUCCUCUCUCUGUGUCACGAAAACAAUCGACAUUCACGGGUGGUAUUGCUGGAGAUGAAGCACAGAAUCUUCAAACCUCCCUCGAGCCUUCUCGAUCCAAGAGCUUUAGCUAUCUCACUCAGCUCCUUCAAGAUACGCCCUUCGCCUCUGCUCUAUGCCGUUCCACUGAUGAUCUCACGGUAGCUGAAUUAUUUAAUGGAACACCUCCUGACCCUGUUCUAUCGAAUACUAAUCUCACUCAGGAUCUUGAUAACGACCUCUUCCUUUAUCUCGCUGGUCGAGGCUCCCCGUCCAGCUCAUCUCGUUGUACCUCACCCAGAAAACGUAGUUCUGCUCCUGAAGUUCGACCGUCCAGAGGCUUCGACUCCUCAAUAAUGUCUACCGUUAGAGAGGAAGUCGAUCUUGAGUCCCAAGAUUCCUCAUGUUCCCCCUCCAAUAUCGAGUCGCCGCCCCCUGAAACUGUGGAAUUUCCAGUCAACAGCACUUGUCAAGACAAUCAGCCUGGGGCGGAGGAAAGAUGUUCCAGUCCGACUACAGCUCAAAAGACAACGGACUCGUGGUUCCGACGCACGGUUUUAUCUCGAUUUCUCUCCACAGUGAUGCCCGGUCUCGAUAGCCUAAUGAUGACUGAUGUACCGACGGUGCCAAUUAUUGAAGGUGUGGAUGCACCUCCAAAUUGUCCUGACGAGGAGGAGAGAAUGAAUAAUGGUUGCCUUGAAUCGGAUCCAAGCUCCGUCAAUUCUGUGAUUGUUCCUCCCUGCGUAAAUAUCUCCAACCCAAGGUUAGCUGGCAUCCCUGAAAUUCAAGGUAAGCAAGACAUUCACCAACAGGAAGAUCAACACAGUGAAUCUACAGACACCUUUCACACCGUUGAGAAUCAAAACUCACACGACGAUGACCACGUACAUCAAUGGAGUCGAUCAAUCGACGGCUGUUCAGGUCUUCCUGGUGUUCCCUGUUGUCUGGAACGAAAUGCUCUCUCUCUUGCUGCCCAACAUGAAGGUGUUCUACUUGUGGUAAAUGGAAUUUCUCACACAAGUCUUCCGACUGCUAAUCUCAAGAAUCUGUGCGAACCUUCUACCGCUUCUUCCUCAAGAAGCAGUUCAUUGAAUAAUCUCCAGCGAGAUCCUGAAGGCUUCAGAGUUAGUAGACGAGGUUACCGUGUACUCUGUCUGGACGGUGGAGGUAUUCGAGGACUGGUUUUGUGUCAAGUGCUCCGCGCCAUUGAACGUGCUGCUGGUCGACCUAUACGGGAUCUCUAUGAUUGGAUAAUUGGAACUUCAACGGGGGCUAUGCUGGCUCUGAAUUUGGUUCAAGGCAAGUGUGUACGCUAUAACCGAUGCUUGUACUUCCGAAUGAAGGAGAAGAUCUUCGUGGGAAACCGACCCUAUCCAACAGAAGGGUUGGAGAGUCUUCUUCGUGAGGAAUUUGGUGAGACCCCCGUCAUGACAGAUAUUCCGGAUGUGAGAGUUUCAGUGACAGCUCUGCGUGGAGACCACUUCCCUCCACGUCUUCAUAUGUUUCGCAACUAUCCUGCCCCCUACGAGAAGAUGGAACGCCUGGUUAGUGAACUAAUGGAAGCAAAGUCCACUCCAAUCACUGCCGAUUCCCCUCCUACCGCUCCUUCUGGCAAAUUGGUAGCCCAUUCUUCCAGCUCCACCUCAAAUCUAUCUACCGCCACCGCUGGUGAUGCCCCCACCAAAAUUAACACGGCUCCCACUUCUCUUUCCGGUUCCGACAAUUCACUUUCCACCGAUGCCUCCUACAAGCGUCUGUUGGUCACUUGUCUGCAUGAUCUCCUUGGAGAUACUGCCAGGGAGGUUGGCCGAAACGGAGAUGAUGAAUCAGACCUUCAGGAGACUAUAGUCUCCAUGCUAUCCUCUUUUUCACGGCGAUAUGUCUAUACCUCCAAAGGUACCAACCAAAUUGUGCCAAACAGUGAGGUGCCAGUCUGGAGAGCAGCACGAGCAUCAGGAGCCGCGCCAAGUUACUUCCGAGCUUGCGGUCCAUAUCUCGACGGCGGACUCAUUUCCAACAACCCAACAAUAGACCUCCUCACAGAAUCGCAAGAACUCAAUAUUGUUCGGCGUCUUCGGUUAGAUGUCUUCAGGCCUCAAAAUAUGUCGGAAGCUUAUCGCGUGGCCCUUGGAGUAACAGAACUUUCGAGAAUGCUCGUGGAAAUGGCCACUAUGUCUGAGGGUCGAGUUGUAGAACGUUCUCGGGCAUGGUGCAACUCCUUGGGUAUUCCAUUCUUCCGAUUCUCCCCUCUUCUCUGCGAAACCAUCGCCCUCGACACGAAGAAUGAACGCCCUAUUCUACAAAUGCUAUGGGAGACUGAGGCCUACCUAUGCAACUGUCAGGAUCGUAUUCUCAAAUUGGUGGAUUCGCUGCUUGGAAUGCCUUCCGAUGCCCCCACCUCGUCUUCUCAUUCGGACACCCCAGAAGAACUUGACCUUUCCUCGAAAUUUUCAUUUUAA